AUGUCUACAGCCGAAGUUUCAACUUCCCUCCCAUUCGUGGGAGGCAAGAAAACUACCGUGGAACAUCCUCUCGGUCCAUUGACUGCUGCAGAGAUCUUGCAGAGUUCGCAGAUUAUCAAGAGUUCAUGGCCUGCUGAGGUUACGCUUCAAUUCAAGAGUAUUACCCUCGAGGAACCAAAAAAGGCUGAAUUGGUCCCAUUUCUCGCUGCUGAGCAUUCCGGAACUGCUCUCCCAAAGAUUGAUAGAAGGAGUUUCGUGGUUUACUAUAUUAAGAACACUGAUAAAUUACACGAAGCUAUUGUCAACUUGUCUGCUGGACAGGUAGAAAGCAAUGUCAGACUUGGCCCCAAUGUUCACAGUGGUGCCGACUCGGAAGAAUUGGUAGCAGUCGAGUUAAUUGCCCUGGAAGAUGAAGGAGUAAAAGCCGCAAUCGCAAAGCUUCAACUGCCAGAAGGCACUGUAGUUGUUUGCGACCCAUGGAUUUAUGGUUCCGAUGGAGUUAACGAGGGACUUUUCACUGACGAUAAACGUUAUUUCCAAUGUUUCCUUUACAUUCGAGACCCCAAGAACCCCAAUGAGGUCGAUGGUAACCAUUACGCUAUGCCUCUUACCAUUUCCCCCGUCGUCAGUGCCGAGACCAUGAAAGUUACACGUAUCGAUAUCGUGCCAACUGGAGCCGACAACACAAUCAAGGAAAUCUCACCAUACAAAGUUCAACCUCCAAACGAAUACAUCCCAGAAGCACAAGAUCUCCGAAAAGAUCUCAAGCCAUUGAACGUUAUCCAGCCAGAAGGUGCUUCAUUUGAAGUUACCAAGUUCAGUGAGCAGGGACAUACUAUCGAGUGGCAAAAAUGGAGCUUCAAGGUUGGUUUCAACUUGAGAGAAGGCAUGGUCCUCUACGACGUUCACUAUGAUGGGCGCCCUCUUUUCUACAGAUUGUCUCUUUCGGAUAUGAACAUUCCAUAUGCCGAUCCUCGUAACCCAUUCCACAGAAAGGCUGCUUUCGAUCUCGGUGAUGUAGGUGCAGGUAUCACUGCAAACAACCUUCAACUCGGAUGUGAUUGUCUUGGUUCAAUCCACUACCUCUCCGCCGUUCUCAAUGAUGACAAAGGAGGAGUACUUGAAAUGCCAAACGUAGUCUGUAUUCAUGAACAAGACAAUGGUAUCGGAUGGAAACACACAAACUACAGAACCGGCCGUGCAGCCGUCGUCCGUAACAGAGAGCUCGUCCUCCAAUCCAUUCUCACCGUCGCAAACUACGAAUACAUUCUCGCCUUCCAAUUCAACCAAGCCGGUGAACUUAUGUACGAGGUCCGCGCCACCGGUAUCCUCUCCACCCAACCUAUCGAUGAAGGUCUCACCGUCCCAUGGGGCACAGUCGUUCACCCCGGUGUUCUUGCCGCCCACCAUCAACACAUAUUUUCUCUCCGCGUGGACCCUAUGCUUGACGGCCCUCUCAACACCGUUGUCUACGACGAAGCGCACCCCAUGCCACGCAGCGACUUCAACCCCCACGGUGUCGGUUACACUGUUGAAACCAAGCCUAUCACCGUCUCCGGCGGUUACGAUCUCAACUACGACGUCAACCGCACUUUCAAGAUCCAGAACUCCUCUGUCAAGAACCCAAUCAACGGAAAACCUGUCGCCUACAAAAUUCACGUUCCUCCCUUCCAAAAGAUGCUCGCGGACAAGGAAUCUUUCCACCACAAACGCGCCGAAUUCGCAGACCACAACAUUUAUGUCACAUCCUACCGGGACGGCGAGCUCUACGCGGGAGGAAAAUACACCAACCAAUCGCGCGGUGGUACCGGUGUGCGUUCUUUCGCUGAUCGUCAGGAUAACGUGCAAGAUGAUGACAUUGUCGUCUGGGUCCAAUUUGGUAUCAACCACGUACCACGGAUUGAAGAUUUCCCCGUCAUGCCGGUGGAGAUCAUCAAGGUUGGGUUGAAACCAGUCAAUUUCUUCACCAAGAACCCCGCGUUGGAUGUGCCACCCUCGGAGCAAAGCUUCAACAAGAGUGUCUUGGCCAAGGAUAGCGCGGCACAGCACAAGCAGGAGGCUGGCGAGGCGGUAAUUGGAUCCAGCGGAAAUGUAUGCUGUGUUAAGGAGGGAAGCAAAUUGUAA